UUUCCGGUGUGUCUUUCGACAGGAAAAUGGAGGCGAGCGCCGGACUAGUGGCUGGAUCACAUAACCGCAACGAACUUGUUGUCAUCCAUGGUCAUGAAGAGCCAAAGCCUUUGAAGGCUUUGGAUGGGCAGGUGUGCGAGAUCUGCGGUGAUGAAAUCGGAGUUACAGCUGAAGGGGAGCUCUUUGUUGCAUGCAAUGAGUGUGGGUUCCCUGUGUGCCGCCCUUGUUAUGAGUAUGAGAGAAGAGAGGGCACUCAGCUUUGCCCUCAGUGCAAAACCAGAUACAAGAGACUAAAAGGAAGUCCAAGGGUUGAAGGGGAUGAAGAUGAAGAGGACAUUGAUGAUAUUGAGCAUGAAUUUAGCCUGGAAGAUGAACAAAGCAAGAGGCAACACCUUGCAGAAGCCAUGCUUCAUGGCAAGAUGAGCUAUGGCCGAGGAGUCGAUGAAGAAGCUUCACAGACUAGCCAUCACCACCCUGAAAUCCCACACCCCAUCACCGCGAGAUCACGCCCGGUAAGUGGAGAGUUUCCAUUACCUCACCAUGCAGACCAGGGUUCAUCCUUGCACAAACGAGUUCAUCCAUAUCCCGUCUCUGAACCUGGAGGGAGUGCAAGAUUUGAUGGUUGGGAUGCGAAUAGGGAAGGAGGAGGAGAGUGGAGAGAUCGGAUGGAUGAUUGGAAAUCAAAGCAGGGGCUUCUCGGACCUGAUCCGAACGAUCUCGAUCCAGACAUGCCCAUUGUGGAUGAGGCUAGACAGCCUCUUUCAAGGAAGGUGCCGAUUGCAUCGAGCAAGGUCAACCCCUACAGGAUGGUGAUCGUGGCUCGACUCUUCAUUCUCGCCAUCUUUCUUCGCUACCGGAUCCUCAACCCGGUGCACGACGCCAUUGGUCUGUGGCUAACAUCAGUUACAUGUGAGAUCUGGUUUGCCUUCUCGUGGAUUCUCGAUCAAUUCCCCAAGUGGUUUCCCAUAGAUCGUGAGACGUAUCUCGAUCGCCUUUCUCUAAGAUACGAGAGGGAGGGUGAGCCUUCGAUGCUUUCGCCUGUGGACAUAUUUGUGAGCACAGUGGAUCCACUGAAGGAGCCUCCCUUGGUUACUGCCAACACUGUGCUCUCCAUCUUGGCUGUUGAUUAUCCGGUCGAUAAGAUAUCUUGCUACGUGUCUGAUGAUGGAGCAUCAAUGCUUACCUUUGAGGCCCUAUCAGAAACAGCUGAGUUUGCAAGGAAAUGGGUUCCCUUCUGUAAGAAGUUUGCGAUUGAGCCUAGAGCACCAGAGAUGUAUUUCUCAUUGAAGAUUGACUACCUCAAAGAUAAGGUGCAGCCGACUUUUGUCAAGGAACGUAGAGCAAUGAAGAGAGAAUAUGAAGAAUUCAAGGUCCGAAUCAAUGCAAUGGUUGCGAAGGCCGUGAAAGUUCCUCCGGAGGGAUGGAUAAUGCAAGAUGGAACUCCAUGGCCCGGCAACAACACUCGUGAUCAUCCGGGGAUGAUCCAAGUGUUUUUGGGUCACAGUGGAGGCCUUGAUGCAGAAGGAAAUGAGCUUCCACGUCUCGUUUACGUGUCACGUGAGAAGAGGCCUGGUUUUCACCACCACAAGAAGGCUGGAGCCAUGAAUGCUUUGGUGCGAGUGUCUGCAGUCCUCACCAAUGCUCCUUUCAUGCUUAACUUGGAUUGUGACCAUUACAUAAACAACAGUAAGGCUGUUCGAGAGGCAAUGUGCUUCUUGAUGGAUGCACAAACCGGAAGAAAAGUAUGCUAUGUCCAAUUUCCCCAGAGAUUCGAUGGCAUUGAUACACACGAUCGUUAUGCCAAUCGAAACACCGUGUUUUUUGAUAUCAACAUGAAGGGUCUAGAUGGGAUUCAAGGUCCAGUAUAUGUAGGUACAGGGUGUGUUUUUAGAAGGCAGGCUCUCUAUGGAUAUGAACCACCCAAGGGUCCCAAACGCCCAAAAAUGGUGAGUUGUGGCUGUUUGCCUUGUUGCGGUGGCCGAAAGAAGGCAAGAAAGAACUCCAGAAAUGGAAACGGCAAAUCAGGAUCAACAGUCGAUGGAGAGGACGACAAGGCAUUAUUGAUGUCACAGAUGAAUUUUGAGAAGAGGUUUGGACAAUCAGCAGUUUUUGUUGCAUCUACACUCAUGGAGGAAGGAGGUGUGCCCCCAUCUUCAAGCCCUGCCGCUCUGCUCAAAGAGGCCAUUCAUGUCAUUAGUUGUGGCUAUGAAGACAAGACUGAAUGGGGAACUGAGCUUGGAUGGAUAUACGGUUCUAUCACAGAGGACAUCUUAACAGGUUUCAAAAUGCACUGUCGAGGUUGGCGCUCCAUAUAUUGCAUGCCAAAGAGGGCAGCAUUCAAGGGCUCAGCCCCCAUUAACCUCUCUGAUCGGCUCAACCAAGUCCUUCGAUGGGCCCUUGGCUCGGUUGAGAUCUUCUUUAGUCGGCAUAGCCCUGUUUGGUAUGGUUACAAUGGUGGUCACCUGAAGUGGCUUGAGAGAUUUGCAUAUGUAAACACCACUAUUUACCCGUUCACCUCUCUUCCUCUAUUGGCCUAUUGCACAUUACCAGCCAUUUGCUUGCUCAGUGGAAAGUUCAUCAUGCCAACUAUUAGCACAUUUGCGAGCCUCUUCUUCAUCUCUCUUUUCCUCUCCAUCUUUGUGACCGGCAUUCUUGAGCUCCGAUGGAGUGGUGUAAGUAUUGAAGAGUGGUGGCGCAAUGAACAAUUUUGGGUGAUUGGUGGAGUGUCAGCCCACCUCUUUGCAGUGGUGCAAGGCCUCCUCAAGGUCCUUGCAGGUAUCGAUACCAACUUCACCGUUACCUCGAAAGCCACUGAUGAUGAAGAGUUUGGAGAACUUUAUGCAUUCAAGUGGACAACUCUUCUCAUCCCACCAACCACUCUCCUCAUCAUAAAUCUUGUUGGCGUUGUAGCUGGGGUCUCUGAUGCCAUCAACAAUGGCUACCAGUCAUGGGGACCAUUGUUUGGAAAAUUGUUUUUUGCGUUUUGGGUGAUCGUGCAUUUAUACCCGUUCUUGAAAGGUCUGAUGGGUCGUCAGAACCGGACACCGACCAUUGUUGUUAUUUGGUCCGUUUUGUUGGCUUCGAUCUUCUCAUUACUCUGGGUUCGUAUUGAUCCAUUUGUGAUUAAGACCAAGGGACCGACUACGAAGCAGUGUGGGAUCAAUUGUUAAGCGCUCUAUUCUUCAUGAUUGUUACAGUCUCUAUAGUUUGUUUCGACAUAUUUGUCAAUUGAGUGAAGAAGUUACACACAUCAGCAAAGUGGAGUUGUAGAAAGAACAAGCAUUAGCAAAGCGGUAAUUUUGGUUUGUCGAUAAUCUGCUCUUUGCGGUUUUAAAGAUGCGUGUGAAGCAUCGGAUUAAAAAUCUGUAAAGAGAAUUUAAAGUUUGAGCAUUGUAUUUGACGAUGGAAUCGAAUAAACUGCAGAAAAGGGCAAACGAUUUUUGGUUA